CUCUUGGUUUCUCUAUUCUGUGAGGAAAUUUUCGUUAUUUUCCUAACUGUAGAGGUCUUCAUUGCUGGUAGCACUUCCUGACUUAACACUAGAACAAAAGUUAUGGCAAAUCAAGAGUGGAAAAAUCGAACAGUUGUUACGGAGUUCAUCCUCCUAGAUUUUGGGAAUGGCCCUGAACUGGAUUGUUUUCUCUUCCUGAUGUUUCUGUCGAUCUACUUGGUGACCAUAACUGGGAACACGUGCGUCGUUGUGCUGGCGGUGGUUAACCAGCACCUCCACACCCCCGUGUACUUCUUCCUGGGCAAUUUGGCCUGCUUGGAAAUCUGCUACAGCUCCAAUAUCUUGCCAAGGAUGUUGCUCAGCUACGCAGGUGGAGACAGGCGCAUUUCAGUCAGGGGGUGUUUCACACAGUACUAUUUCUUCGGCUGCCUGGCGGGGGCAGAGUGUUACCUGCUGGCCGCGAUGUCCUACGACCGGUACCUGGCGGUGUGUGAGCCCCUGCACUACCCAUCCCGCAUGGACACCAAGCUCUGCCUCCGCCUGGGCGCUGCGUCCUGGGGCAGUGGCUUUCUGUCCAAUUCCAUACUGACGUUCCUGAUCUCGAAUUUGGAUUUCUGUGGGCCGAAUGAAAUCGACCACUUCUUCUGUGACUCCUUCCCGGUGAUGAAACUCUCCUGCAGCGACACGCGGCUGGUGGGAUUUGUCACUUCUGUCGUGGCAGGUGUGUGCUCGCUGCCUCCAUUCCUGUUGACCUUCUCAUCCUAUCUCUGCAUCAUUGCCACAGUCGUGAGAAUUCCUUCUGCCACUGGAAGGAAAAAGGCCUUUUCCACUUGCUCCUCACAUCUGAUUGUGGUGAUUCUUUUUUACUGGUCAAUAGUAGUUGUCUACAUACUCCCUUUUCACGAUACCCACAUAUUGCCAAACAAAAUCUUCUCUGCUUUUUACACCAUUCUCACCCCCUUGGUCAACCCUCUCAUCUACAGUCUGAGAAACAAAGAAAUAAAGAAAGCUCUGCAGAAGCAUAUGAGAAAAUUGCUGGCUUUCUGA